CCUAGGCUCAUGGAGCCGGCCGAGCGGGCGGGCGGCGGGGAUCCCCCGGAGCCCGGCGGGCGUCCCGGCCCGGACUCGCGGGGCUUCGUCCCGCAGAAGGAGAUCGUCUACAACAAGCUGCUGCCCUAUGCCGAGCGGCUGGACGCCGAGUCCGACUUGCAGCUGGCCCAGAUCAAAAGCAACCUGGGCCGGGCCGUGCAGCUCCAAGAGCUGUGGCCCGGGGGCCUCUUCUGGACCAGGAAACUCUCCACAUAUAUUCGACUUUAUGGGAGAAAAUUUAGCAAAGAAGAUCAUGUUCUUUUUAUCAAGUUAUUGUAUGAGCUGGUAUCAAUUCCAAAACUGGAAAUCAGCAUGAUGCAGGGAUUUGCCCGUCUCUUGAUCAACUUGUUAAAGAAAAAGGAACUUCUUUCAAGAGAUGAUUUGGAGUUACCUUGGAGACCACUUUAUGACAUGGUGGAAAGAAUAUUAUAUUCCAAGACAGAGCACCUGGGAUUAAAUUGGUUUCCUAAAAACAUUGUUCCCUUCAUCUUGAGAGAUUACAAGAAUCACAAAAGGUCACUAUACAGAUAUCACAGUUCUGUAGAAAAUGUUCUCAAAACACUCGUGAAAAGCUGCCGACCAUACUUUCCAGCAGAUGCCACAGCUGAGAUGCUAGAAGAAUGGCGGCCUUUAAUGUGCCCUUUUGACGUAACAAUGCAAAAGGCCAUCACUUACUUUGAAAUAUUUCUUCCUACCUCCCUUCCUCCAGAACUUCAUCAUAAAGGUUUUAAACUUUGGUUUGAUGAAUUAAUUGGCCUUUGGGUUUCAGUGCAAAAUCUCCCACAGUGGGAGGGGCAACUAGUAAAUCUCUUUGCUCGAUUGGCUACAGAUAAUAUAGGGUACAUAGAUUGGGAUCCAUAUGUACCAAAGAUAUUUACGAGAAUUCUGAGAAGCUUGAACCUCCCAGUGGGAAGCAGUCAAGUGUUAGUCCCAAGAUUUUUAACAAAUGCGUAUGAUAUAGGACAUGCUGUAAUAUGGAUCACCGCCAUGAUGGGUGGACCAAGUAAGCUAGUACAGAAACACUUGGCUGGUUUGUUUAACAGCAUCACAUCUUUUUACCACCCUUCAAAUAAUGGGCGCUGGCUGAACAAGUUAAUGAAACUACUUCAGCGGUUGCCAAACAGUGUUGUUAGAAGAUUGCAUCGUGAAAGAUACAAGAAGCCUUCUUGGUUAACUCCUGUGCCUGAUAGCCAUAAGCUUACUGAUCAAGAUGUUACAGACUUUGUACGAUGCAUUAUUCAACCUGUCCUCUUGGCUAUGUUUAGCAAAACUGGUAGUUUAGAAGCAGCACAGGCUCUGCAGAAUCUUGCACUCAUGAGACCUGAGUUAGUAAUACCCCCUGUACUUGAAAGAACGUAUCCUGCACUAGAGACUUUAACAGAACCUCACCAGCUCACAGCUACUUUAAGUUGUGUAAUUGGAGUAGCCCGCAGUUUGGUAUCAGGGGGCAAAUGGUUUCCUGAAGGUCCAACACACAUGCUACCUCUGUUGAUGAGAGCAUUGCCUGGGGUGGAUCCAAAUGACUUCAGUAAAUGCAUGAUCACAUUCCAGUUUAUAGCAACAUUUUCCACUCUGGUGCCUUUAGUAGAUUGUUCAUCUGUACUACAAGAAAGAAGUGACCUCACAGAAGUGGAACGAGAACUUUGUUCAGCCACAGCUGAAUUUGAGGAUUUCGUCUUACAAUUUAUGGACAGAUGUUUUGGACUUAUAGAAAGUAGCACAUUGGAGCAAACAAGAGAAGAGACAGAAACUGAGAAAAUGACUCAUUUGGAGAGUUUGGUCGAAUUAGGUCUGUCUUCUACGUUUAGUACAAUCCUCACACAAUGUUCCAAAGAAAUAUUUAUGGUCGCCCUUCAGAAAGUUUUUAAUUUUUCUAUUUCACAUAUAUUUGAAACAAGAGUAGCAGGCCGCAUGGUGGCCGACAUGUGCCGUGCUGCUGUAAAGUGCUGCCCAGAGGAGUCUUUGAAGUUAUUUGUUCCUCACUGCUGCAGUGUUAUAACUCAGCUUACAAUGAAUGAUGAUGUGUUAAAUGAAGAAGAGCUAGAUAAGGAGUUGCUGUGGAAUCUUCAACUUUUGUCUGAGAUUACUCGAGUGGAUGGGAAGAAAUUGCUUCUUUAUAGGGAGCAGCUUGUAAAGAUUCUCCAAAGAACCCUGCACCUGACCUGUAAGCAGGGUUACACUCUGUCUUGUAACCUUCUACACCACCUUCUUCGCUCUACGACACUCAUCUACCCUACAGAGUACUGCAGUGUGCCAGGUGGCUUCGACAAGCCUCCUUCUGAAUACUUUCCUAUAAAGGACUGGGGUAAACCAGGGGACUUGUGGAAUCUGGGCAUCCAGUGGCAUGUUCCUUCUUCAGAGGAAGUGGCUUUUGCAUUAUAUCUGUUGGACUCUUUUCUUCAGCCUGAGCUCAUCAAACUCCAGCACUGUGGUGAUGGCGAACUUGAAAUGUCUAGAGAUGAUAUUCUACAGAGUCUGACUAUAGUGCACAACUGUUUAAUUGGGUCAGGAAACCUCCUACCUCCACUGAAAGGAGAGCCAGUUACUAACUUGGUACCAAGUAUGGUGUCCUUGGAAGAGACAAAGUUGUAUACUGGACUUGAAUACGAUCUAUCCAGAGAGAACCACCGAGAAGCAAUUGCUAGGGUCAUAAGGAAACUUCUCAACCACAUACUUAACAAUUCAGAGGAUGAUACCAAGUCUUUGUUUCUUAUCAUAAAGGUUAUUGGAGACCUUUUGCAGUUCCAAGGAUCUCACAAGCAUGAAUUUGACUCUCGUUGGAAAAGCUUUAACCUAGUAAAGAAAUCAAUGGAAAAUCGGCUCCAUGGGAAAAAACAACAUAUCAGAGCACUGUUGAUUGACAGAGUAAUGUUGCAGCAUGAGCUACGAACACUGACUGUUGAGGGUUGUGAAUAUAAAAGGAUACAUCAAGAUAUGAUCAGAGAUCUACUUCGUUUAUCUACAAGUUCAUACAGUCAGGUCAGAAAUAAGGCUCAGCAAACGUUUUUUGCUGCCUUGGGUGCAUAUAACUUCUGUUGCAGAGAUAUCAUUCCCUUGGUUUUGGAGUUCUUACGGCCCGAUAGACAAGAUGUCACACAACAGCAAUUCAAGGGUGCCUUGUAUUGUCUCCUUGGAAAUCACAGUGGUGUAUGUUUGGCAAACCUUCAUGAUUGGGACUGUAUUGUACAGACAUGGCCAGCAAUUGUUUCUUCUGGGCUUAGCAAAGCGAUGUCCCUGGAAAAACCAUCAAUAGUGAGACUAUUUGAUGAUCUUGCAGAAAAGAUUCAUCGGCAAUAUGAAACAAUUGGCUUGGACUUCUCAAUCCCGAAGUCCUGUGUUGAAAUAGCAGAAUUACUUCAACAAUCAAAAAACCCCUCUUCCAACCAGAUAAUGCUUAGUUCAGAAGAAAUUAAAGAAGGACUUAAACGCCAACAAGAAAAGAAUGCUGAUGCCCUGAGGAACUAUGAAAAUUUGGUAAACACUUUAUUAGAUGGUGUGGAGCAAAGAAAUCUGCCUUGGAAAUUUGAACAUAUAGGCAUUGGGCUUCUGUCUCUACUCUUGAGAGAUGACCGAGUGUUACCUCUUCGUGCCAUACGUUUUUUUGUUGAGAAUCUCAACCAUGAUGCGAUUGUAGUCCGAAAGAUGGCAAUCUCAGCUGUGGCUGGUAUUCUUAAGCAGCUCAAAAGAACCCACAAAAAGCUGACCAUCAAUCCUUAUGAAAUGGGUGGAUAUUCUAAACCUACCCAAAUUCUUGCUGGUGAUAGGCCUGAUAAUCAUUGGUUGCAUUAUGAUAGCAAAAGUAUACCGAGAACCAAAAAAGAAUGGGAGUCAAGCUGCUUUGUGGAAAAAACUCACUGGGGAUACUACACCUGGCCGCAGAAUAUGGUUGUUUAUGCUGGUGUGGAAGAGCAGCCUAAGCUGGGCAGAAGCAGGGAAGAUUUGACAGAGGCUGAACAGAUUAUAUUUGAUCAUUUUUCUGAUCCUAAAUUUGUUGAACAGUUAAUUACUUUUCUAUCUUUAGAAGACAGAAAAGGAAAAGAUAAGUUUAAUCCUCGCCGUUUUUGCCUCUUUAAGGGCAUAUUCAGAAAUUUUGAUGAUGCGUUUCUGCCAAUUCUGAAGCCCCAUUUAGAACGUUUGGUUGCAGAUUCACAUGAAAGCACCCAGCGAUGUGUUGCAGAAAUUAUAGCUGGUUUAAUCAGAGGUUCUAAGCAUUGGACAUUUGAAAAGGUGGAGAAGCUUUGGGAGCUUCUUUGCCCUCUGCUUAGAACAGCACUGUCCAACAUUACAGUAGAAACGUACAAUGACUGGGGAACUUGUAUAGCGACAUCCUGUGAAAGCAGAGAUCCCCGGAAACUUCAUUGGCUCUUUGAGCUACUGUUGGAAUCACCAUUGAGUGGUGAAGGAGGAUCCUUUGUAGAUGCAUGUCGACUCUAUGUGCUGCAAGGUGGCCUUGCCCAGCAAGAGUGGAGAGUGCCAGAGCUAUUGCACAGACUACUGAAGUACUUGGAACCCAAACUCACCCAGGUUUACAAAAAUGUUAGGGAAAGAAUAGGGAGUGUGCUGACCUACAUAUUUAUGAUAGAUGUUUCUUUGCCAAACACGGCGCCAACAGCAUCCCCUCGGGUCCCUGAGUUUACUGCUCGAAUUCUAGACAAACUGAAACCCCUCAUGGAUGUGGAUGAAGAAAUUCAGAACCAUGUUAUGGAAGAAAAUGGAAUUGGUGAAGAAGAUGAACGAACUCAAGGCAUUAAACUCUUGAAAACUAUAUUGAAAUGGCUGAUGGCUAGUGCCGGAAGAUCCUUCUCUACAGCUGUCACAGAACAACUUCAACUUCUACCUUUGUUUUUUAAGAUUGCCCCAGUGGAAAAUGACAAUAGCUAUGAUGAACUGAAAAGAGAUGCAAAGUUAUGUUUGUCACUAAUGUCUCAGGGGUUGCUUUACCCUCAUCAAGUGCCUUUGGUACUUCAGGUGCUAAAACAAACAGCAAGAAGCAGUUCUUGGCAUGCUAGAUACACAGUACUGACCUACCUCCAGACCAUGGUAUUUUAUAACCUCUUUAUUUUCCUUAACAAUGAAGAUGCAGUUAAAGACAUCAGGUGGCUGGUUAUAAGUCUUUUGGAGGAUGAGCAACUAGAGGUUCGAGAAAUGGCUGCUACCACCUUAAGUGGUCUGUUACAAUGUAAUUUCCUGACCAUGGACAGUCCUAUGCAGAUUCAUUUUGAGCAACUUUGCAAGACAAAACUACCGAAGAAAAGAAAGCGAGACCCUGGUUUUGUAGGAGAUACAAUUCCUUCUGCAGAGUUGGUCAAACGUCAUGCUGGGGUGCUAGGACUUGGUGCGUGUGUUCUUUCUAGUCCUUAUGAUGUUCCCACCUGGAUGCCCCAGCUCCUUAUGAAUCUCAGUGCACAUCUAAAUGAUCCGCAGCCUAUUGAGAUGACUGUAAAAAAGACCUUAUCCAAUUUCCGAAGGACGCACCAUGACAACUGGCAAGAACACAAACAGCAAUUCACAGAUGACCAGCUGCUUGUUCUCACCGAUCUCCUUGUGUCACCAUGCUAUUAUGCAUAGAAGGAUGAGUAGUCCUCACUUCAAGCUCUUUUCAUCAAAAAUUCCAGAUCCUCAGGUACCAUCUCUGGUGGCUCUCUGCAGGUUUUUAAACCCCGCCUCUGCUGAGCUCUCAUCGGUUUGGUGGUUUCUGUGUUUAGUCUCAUUAGUCUACGUUCCACAGGCUCUCAGCUGCCAUUUGAUUACCUAACUUGUCUGGAAGUAUCUCCAGAAUACUGAACACUUUUUCUUUGAGGCAUCUGACAAAGCCACAGUGUCUCAGACUAGAAAUAAUUACCCAAUAUGAUCAUGGCAUCCAAGAACAAACAGUCUAGGAAAUCAUUAAGAAACAAUUUACUUGUAAUGGAGAAUACCUGUCUAUAAUACAGGUCCUGUCAUUUCACUCAUCUCAAAUUAUUUUGAAUUUUUUCCAAAUGGCUGUUGGGUGUAGAUGGUAGUAGGGCUGCGGGCCAUAAAUCAAAGCCUGAGAGCCUUGGGUCUGGAGAGCCAUGAAGAGGGAAGUAAAAGAGAGCCAAGUUUGGAGCCUAACCAAGGACCUGAUGGAUCACUCCACCAAGACACAGAAGUGAAGUCUUUGUCCACAUUCUUCCCACAGACUGGAGUUUUUGGUGCUGAUAGAGCAGUUGCUGAAAAACUGGGGGUUUGGUGAAUAAAUUUUUGAUUGAUUGUUGUGUGUGUAUACAAUGUGUGAUUUUGAAAAUAAACAACAACAACAACAAAAACCCUGACUGAUUGAUUUUUACCUGUAUUCUUUGCAUAUACUAUUGGACCCUCUUUGAAAACUGUUAUACAUCACCUAAUGGAAAACUGCUGUGUAUGUGGAAAUUUCGUAAUUUUCUUUCUUUUUUGUUUUUUUUCUUUUUUCUUUUUUUUGUUUUUUUUGCCUGCAGAAUCGUUGAGAGACUGAGUCUUUAUAUUUAAUUGACUUGUUUAAUAAAUGUUAUAUAGAUGUAAAAGACUGUAUAAACUGUAGAGAUAGCAUUGGCAAGACUUUGUACAGAUGCAACCUUUUACACAGCACCUGUGUGUAAUUAUUUGUAAAGAUUCACAUGUAGCUCUUUAUUAUAGUAAAUUUUGGCUUUUGUACCAAUUGAAUGCUAUUUUUUGUGUUUUUAAAUUAUUUUCUCUAUCUUUUCAUGUUACAAAAGCUGAGGUAUGGGGUUUUUGUUUGAGUUCACUUAUCGUUAGAAUGUCUGGAUUUUUAUGUAACUUUUUUGUGUGCAUCCUUAAAUGCAAAACCACAUGUUUGCCUGUGACAAGUUUAUAGAAUGCAAGGUAUCUUCUAGGUUAAAGUAAUUCACAAGUUGGUGAAUGUCAUCUUGGAACACACCCUGUACAGUCUUCCUUAAAGGAACACUACAGUAUAUUUUUUAGUAUCUACUUGCUGAAUGACUCGAUACAGACCUAAGCACAGCAGAGGUCCCGGUAUAGUAUUGAAUUAUCAGCAUACACAGGCCUAAUCCCUGUAUAGAGUAGUGCCAAACUGAUGAUUUCAAUUGUGUAACUAGUUUAAAACCCAAUAAAUGGAUUGUUUUUAA